AUGGAAAAUCCAAAUCAGACUUUGGUGACCAUGUUUUUUCUCCACGGUCUUGCUGCCUACCCCAACUUUCAUUUUAUUUUCUUUCUGUUGUGCCUUAUCAUGUACAUUGUAAUCCUGCUGGGCAACAGUUUCCUCAUUACAAUCAGUAUCCUGGACACCCACCUCUAUACUCCUAUGUACUUCUUCCUCAGUAACCUCUCCUUCCUAGACAUCUGCUACAUAACUUCUUCUAUUCCUAUGAUACUUGUGAACUUUGCUACAGGGCAAAAAUCCAUGUCUUUUGUGGGUUGUGGAGCACAAAUGUUCUUCUCCCUUGGCCUGGGGUCCACAAAGCAUGUGCUCCUAACUGUAAUGGCAUAUGAUCAGUACGUGGCCAUUUGUAAGCCCCUGGGGUACCUCAUCAUCGUGAACAAGGGGCUUUCUGUGAAGCUGGUGACCAGUUGCUGGAUGGCAGGUGGGUUGACUUCAGUGAUACAAACCACCCUAACUAUGCGGUUGUCAUUUUGUGGGAAUGUCAUUGAUUAUCUCACAUGUGAGAUACUGGCUGUGUUGAAAUUGGCCUGUGAAGAUAUUUCCCUCAAUAUGAUUAUUACAUCACUUUUAAAUAUCAUUAUAAUAAUUAUUCCAGUGCUGUUUGUAUUCAUCUCCUACUUUUUCAUCCUCUUUACCAUCCUAAGAAUCAAUUCUGCUGAGGGAAGAAAAAAAGCCUUUUCUACCUGCUCAGCCCACCUGACUGUAGUGAUCAUAUUUUAUGGGACCAUUCUCUUCAUGUACAUGAAGCCCAAGUCCAAAGACUCCCAUGCAUCAGAUAAGCUGAUUGCUCUCCUCUAUGCUGUGGUCAUUCCCAUGCUGAAUCCCAUCAUUUGCAGUCUGAGAAACAAGGAUAUAAAAGCAGCUGUGAAAAAGCUGAGCAAAAAUAUGUUCUCACAGAAAACAUGA